AUGAUUGAAGACAAUAAGGAAAACAAAGACCAUUCUUUAGAAAGAGGAAGAGCAACUCUCAUUUUUUCCUUAAAGAAUGAAAUUGGAGGACUUAUGAAAGCACUAAAAAUCUUCCAGGAGAAGCGUGUGAAUCUGUUGCAUAUCGAGUCCCGAAAAUCCAAGAGAAGAAACUCGGAAUUUGAUAUUUUUGUUGACUGUGAUAUCAACAGAGAACAAUUGAGUGAUAUUUUUCAUCUGUUGAAGUCUAAUACUAAUGUUCUCUGUGUGAAUCCACCUGAUAAUUUUACCAUGAAGGAGGAUGGUAUAGAAAUGGUUCCUUGGUUUCCAAAGAAGAUUUCUGACCUGGACCAUUGUGCCAACAGAGUUCUGAUGUACGGAUCUGAACUGGAUGCAGACCAUCCUGGCUUCAAAGACAAUGUCUAUCGUAAAAGGCGGAAGUAUUUUGCAGACUUGGCUAUGAACUAUAAACAUGGCGACCCCAUUCCUAGAGUUGAAUUCACUGAAGAGGAGAUUAAGACCUGGGGAACCGUGUUCCGAGAGCUCAACAAGCUUUACCCAACCCACGCCUGCAGAGAGUAUCUCAGAAACUUACCUUUGCUUUCUAAAUACUGCGGAUAUCGGGAAGAUAAUAUCCCACAGUUGGAAGAUGUUUCAAACUUUUUAAAAGAGCGCACAGGUUUUUCCAUCCGUCCUGUGGCUGGUUACUUAUCAUCAAGGGAUUUCUUAUCAGGUUUAGCCUUUCGAGUUUUCCACUGCACACAGUAUGUGAGACACAGUUCCGAUCCCCUGUAUACCCCAGAGCCAGAUACCUGCCAUGAACUUUUAGGUCAUGUCCCCCUCUUGGCUGAACCUAGUUUUGCACAAUUCUCCCAAGAAAUUGGUCUGGCAUCCCUUGGAGCUUCAGAGGAGGCUGUUCAAAAACUGGCAACGUGCUACUUUUUCACUGUGGAGUUUGGUCUGUGUAAACAAGAUGGGCAGCUAAGAGUUUUUGGUGCUGGCUUACUGUCUUCUAUCAGUGAACUCAAACAUGCACUUUCUGGACAUGCCAAAGUGAAGCCCUUUGACCCCAAGAUUACCUGUCAACAGGAAUGUCUCAUCACAACUUUUCAGGAUGUCUACUUCGUAUCUGAAAGCUUUGAAGAUGCAAAGGAGAAGAUGAGAGAAUUUACCGAAACAAUUAAGCGCCCAUUUGGAGUGAAGUAUAAUCCGUAUACACAAAGUAUUCAGAUCUUGAAAGACACCAAGAGCAUAACCAGCGUCAUGAAUGAGCUGCAGCAUGAUCUCGGUGUUGUCAGUGACGCCCUUGCUAAGGUCAGCCGGCGCCGAGCAUCUGACAGUUGCCAGUCCUAA